CGUAUUGGAUUUCGCAAAUUUUUCACAAACGUGCUAGCGUCGUAAAUUUUUACAAAGGUGCGUACUUGCGCGCAUUUGCUAUCACAUUCGUUUGAAAUAGAAAAAUUCCAAUAAUAUUCUUUUAAACAACUUUUAAGAUGAAGAUAACAAAUACGUAAUAUAUAUAGCGAUACAGUGAAUGUUGUAAAUAGAUUAAGAUUAUCGAUUAAUCAUAUUUGCAAAUUUCUAUACGAUGACAUAGAAAACCCAAUAUUCUAGUGAUGAAAACAUUUAUUCUUUUCUGUUUGUCAGAUUGAGACUCACAAAAUUCAGAUUGAAAUUCAUAAUCCAAUUCAAUCAAUUUUGUUAUCGUGUUAUGGCUUUUGACGUGAGCUGAAUGACUUGAUGAUUAUGGGGAGUCUCGGUCUUUUUUUAUUUCUAAAGAUAAAACAAUGGCUAGUACCUUGAAUAAUUGAAGCGCGCAUUUAUCUGUUCUCUAUAGCAGAUUAAGCUGACCAAGAUAAUUUGAUUGCAAAUUAAUUUCUGCAAUAAUUAUCAAAGACUAUUUUUAUAUUUCUUCAAAUUAAUAAUUAAAGGAUACUAAUAAUAAUAAACUAUUCCUAAAAGAUUAUAUACUGGUGCUUUGUACUACUCUCUUCUCUCUUACUUUUACACAAGUCGAUCAAAUGGGAAUCGUCAAUUUUUCAAGCAAUGUAAAUAUCUUAUUGUAAUCUGUGUCUCGAGUUUCUAUGUGCAAAGAUUCUUGAAGAUAUUUUUAAAAGACAAUUUAUAUAAUGUUAAAGUGAUUUAUUGUGCUCGUUACAUCAUGAGGAAGAGAUGAAAACCAAAAUGACGUGCAUAAACCGGAGAACUAGUAUCUAAUCGGCAAAGGAUAGCUUUAUCCGACUUGGCGCGGAUUUGUUGACCAAUCUGCGACUAACGAGCGAUACAGAUCUCGAGAACCUCGUCCUCGAGUCGUGCGAAUGCAGGAGCGCACAUUGGUAUCUUUAUCUUGAUCGUCGGCCGGGGAUUCGCGAGCAAAGAUGUCUCGUAAGUGAAAUUAUUCCAAGUGUUUCCCAGGAAGACGGAUCGCGCUAUCUUCGCCAAGAGGCAACGAAUUUUAAUUAUUGACUGUAUUUCACGGACCAUUAAAAUUUCCCUUGAUAGAAAUUUAUAAAAAACGUGGAUUAAUAAUACAAAAAAAAAAAAAAGAAAGUUAAUGCGCUAGAUUAAAAAUUGCGAGUGAAUAAUUGUGCGUUUAAGCAGAGUGCUAAUGUAUCAUGUGAUAUAACGGAACAUCUACUACUUUAUAAAGUCUAAUAGGUGCAUUGUCUAUAAAUAAAAUGUAAAUUGUAAAUUGUAAAAAAAAGAAGAUUAUAAUUUCCUUCAGAUGGAGCAUCAUGAAAUCACUAGUUUGAAUUGUCAGUAUCUUAUCGCGAAGUAUUCGCGAGUGAAGAUUGAAUAAAGAUUGUGCUUCCCUCUGAGAGUGAUUGCCAGCCGAUUCCUGGCUUGAUAAUUAUCAGUCGAAAGGUUGGAGGCAGUUUUUCAUUCACGUUAAUUAGCAUUCCAUCAUCGGAGACUUGAAUAUUUCUCGAAGAUUGAACCUUAUUUCCUCUUGCGUUUCUUAUCUUUUUGUGCAACUUGUAAUGGUAAAGACGGAAAAGAUGGAAGAUGGCAUUUACAAACAAAGUGGAUAUUCUAACGAGGCGUUCCAACUGGACAGUUUUGACUCUCAUGAAAAUGUUCCACCCGAUUAUAAGACAGCGACGCAACUUGAUAAACAGCAAGAACACUCUGAAAAUUCAGCAGUCACUAAAGGAGCUGAAUGGGGAGGUAGAUUGGAAUUUCUAAUGGCUUGUAUAGCCACUUCUGUCGGAUUGGGAAACGUGUGGAGAUUUCCAUUCACCGCGUAUGAGAACGGCGGUGGUGUCUUUUUGAUACCCUACAUUAUAGUCUUGAUUCUGGUCGGAAAACCGUUUUACCUCUUGGAAGCAUUGCUGGGGCAGUUUACCAGCAGAUCCUGCGUGAAAACAUGGCACAUGACGCCGGCCAUGAAGGGUUUAGGAUAUUCACAAGCCUUUGUCGCGUUCUGCGUCAUUUCAUACUAUGGCGCCUUGAUGGCAUUGACCUUAUAUUACUUGGCAAUGAGCUUCCAGUCUGAAUUGCCGUGGUCGAUUUGUCGCACGGAAUGGCGAAAUUACUGUAUCGAUGCUAUCUCAAACAGCAGUAUCUCCGAGAUUCGUAACGUCACCGUUCAAAGUUCCGCGGAGCUGUAUUUCAGGAAACUAGUAUUGCAAGAAUACGAGUCCAUCGAGAGCGGUAUCGGUGCGCCGUCCUGGCAGCUGGCAAUAUGUCUAUUUCUUAGUUGGGCUUGUAUCUUUGGGUUGCUGUUUCGCGGCGUGAAGAGUACGGGCAAAGCAGCUUACUUUCUCGCGUUAUUCCCUUACGUUGUAAUGACGGCUCUGCUGAUCAGAGCCGUCACCCUCGAGGGCGCCGUUAACGGCAUUCUUUUCUUCGUCACGCCAAAAUGGGACGCUCUGUGGAAGCCUACUGUCUGGUACGCCGCUAUCACGCAAUGUUUCUUUUCAUUAUCGGUUUGCUUUGGCCCAAUCAUUAACUAUUCCUCCUACAACAAUUUCGGACACAGAGUGGACAGAGAUGUAAUGAUAGUGACAACGUUGGAUACGUUUACCAGCCUGAUGGCCGGUUGCACGAUCUUCGGUAUCCUCGGUAAUCUGGCUCACGAGAUGGGCACGACGGAUAUCACCAAGGUGGUCCGCGGCGGCAUCGGAUUAGCCUUCAUCUCGUAUCCGGACGCUCUAUCGCGCUUUACUUUUGUGCCGCAGCUGUUUGCCGUAAUGUUUUUCGUCAUGCUAUUUGUCCUCGGUGUAGGAAGCGCCGUCGGGUUGUGCGGCGUGGUAUUUAAUGUCUUUCGCGACCAUUUACCCAAAGUGAGGCAAUGGUUAGUGUUGCUCUUCGUCACCUCUUUCGGUUACGUCGUCAGUCUCGUUUACAUUACUCCGGGUGGUCAAUGGUUCAUAACAUUGGUCGAUUACUACGGGGGAACCUUCGUGGCAAUAAUUGUCGGCGUUCUCGAGAUAAUAACUGUCUUCUGGGUGUAUGGUCUGUCGAAUUUCCUCGACGAUAUGGAAUUUAUGCUGAAUAAGAGACUAGGUUUCUACUGGCGAGCGUGUUGGUUCUUAAUCACACCCUUUCUCAUGAUCGUCAUACUGAUCUAUACGUGCGCAACUUACGAGCCGCUUAUGUACGACGGCGUAUUAUUUCCCGAUUAUGCUUACGGAGUAGGAUGGUUUCUGCUGGCUCUAGGCAUAUCUCCUAUAAUGUGGUGGAUCGGCCAAAAAAUUGUCGCAAACAGAAUAUCAUCGUCUUUUACGGAAUCUGUCAAAACGGCAUUUCGACCUGCGCAAAGUAAAUGGGGACCUAAGAACCCGAAGAUACACAGAGAAUGGGAAACGUUUAGGACGGAGAAGAAAUUAAGAUUUCAAGGCGGUCUAAUGAAGAUGUUUUUUAAAUAAAAAAAAUCAAAUUUUAUUUAUUUAUUGUUCCAUAUUCUUUCUAAUUUAACGUUGUAAGAUUUUAUGCUGUCUAUUAGCUAACAGCUAACAUAAUGUAUUGUAAUAUUGUAGAAAAAAUAAAUCAUUUGUUUUUCUUUAUACGUCUAUGUGUGCGUUGUGUGUUUGCGCGCAUUGCAUAUACAUUAUUUUAUACAUAUUAUUGCAUAUAAUGUGUAUUAUAUCUAUUUUACAAAUUAUUUAUUUAUUACAUUAUGCACACAUACAUAAUUAUACACAUACAUACUAAUUAUAUUAGGUUUUACAAAGAUGCGCAUUUUUAGUUGAAACUUUUCAAGAUAAGAUAUUUUUUAAUAUCUUAGUACCAGAAAAUUAGAACAGAGCUAUACUAUAACGAGACAAAAGGUGUGCACACGAAUAUUGAAAAUACGACCGCGGUACAAUGCCGGCGGUACUAUAUAACUACCGCUAUGAAUCAUGUUGUUUGAUUUACCUUUUUGAAUUACAAUUGGACGCGAAUACAUUUUGUGUAGAAUGUUUCCGUUUCAAUUAUGCACGGACGUAGUUACGAGUCACCGGUCACAUUACGUAAUAUCUGUGGACAAUUUAGUUUAUAAAUUUUAAGAUAUAUAAUUUGUUUUUUGAUUUGGUUCUUUUCUAUAUAUAUGCGUUUAAAAUUGUGCCAGCGUAUUAUACCAUAAAAUGGAAACUAGCUGAAUAAAAUAUGUAUGUUAUAAAAAUAUCCGUUUGAUUGUUUAUAUCUCAUAUUAAAACUUCUCUCACGCAUUUGAUACUUGAAAUUUAUUUGUGAUCUAGAUAAAUUUUCCUUGUUUAUUUGUGCUUGGGAUAAAGAUAUUAGUGAUAUUACGCAAUUAAUUUAUGCAGCAGAAUGUGUUAUGUAAAAUUUUACGUGUACGGAUAUAUAGUCAAUUGAACAGGGUAUCAAUCAAUUGAACUGAAUUGACGAUUAAUCUGUCAAGACUUGUAAGUUUUCUUUUCUAUUUCAGCUAUUUUAUUAUUCUCUUAUUUAUAUUUAUGUAAUUAU